GAAUGAGCUCUUUCGUCUGCAUCCAAGUAAGUCUCUCUGCCUUUUAAUCAGAGCUUCCUUCGGUCACCGUUCCCUCAAAAUUAAUUACGAUCACAUUAAUACACAAAAAGCCUCGCGAAAAGACAACUCUGAAGAUUCAGACAGAGAGAGAGAAGAGAGAAUAGAGAAGAAAGAAGACAGCUUUGUUGCGUUGCAAAACGAGCAAAUCUGACAGUUUGCAGAAACUAGAGAGAGAGAGCAAGGAAUCGAAGAUUAGCUUCUUCUUCUUCUUCCAGAGGAAGCAAACUUAAAUGCUCAUAGAAAGCUAAGGAGAGAGAGUUCAAUUGAUCUCACUUGUGUCUCUGCCCUUUUUGAUCUGUACGGAAACUAGCUUCAUCCUUGUUCUCUCUAGUUUCGGACCUGGGUUUGAUCCUUAAAGCCGAGAUCUUUCCUUUACUCGAAGAGGGGGUCCUGCUUAAUUUCUGGUGGUUCAGUUUUAAGACCGUUGAGAUAUAUAUAUGUUUGGAUUCUCAUAUGUGAUUCACAAAAGUAGAUCAUUCUUUUUGAGUAGUUAGGGCAGUAGAGAUGCCUCCUUCGCCGGCAUUGAGAUGCUCUCCGGGCAAGGAACUUCCAGGGAAGAAACACAGACGAGGACACAGCAUCGAAUACGGAACACUGUUCAGAGAUAAAGACGAAGAAGAAGAUCUUGCCUUGUUUAGUGAGCUGCAAGAGAAAGAAAGAGACGAUUUCUUGCUUCAGUCAUCUGAUGAUCUUGAAGAUGCUUUUUCUACAAAACUGAAGCAUUUUUCGGAGUUUACCAUUCCUAUUCAAGGAGAGAGUAGUAGUAGAUUGCUGAGUGCAGAAGAAGAUAAGAACGAUUAUGAUUGGUUGUUGACUCCUCCAGACACACCACUCUUUCCUUCAUUGGAUGAUGAACCUCCAGCAGCAGCUAGUGUUGGGACAAGAGGGAGACCGCAGAGUCAGAAGACCUCUUUAUCUAGAUCUUCAACGAUGGAGAAGAGACGCCGUAGUAGUAGAGGCAGUCCAAGCCCAAAUCGCUUAAGCACAUCACCUCGAGAUGACAGUAUAAGGGGAAGGUCAUCAUCAUCAUCUUCAGCACGCCAUCCUAGUCCAGCGUCUGCUCAUCAACGAUCAGUUACCCCAGUCAGAAGGAUCUCUCCUUCUCCAGGGAAACAACCCUCAGGACCUGUAUCAUCAUCAAGAUCUUCCACCCCAACUUCACGGAGGAUGAGCACUGGCUCGGCGGCACCGCCAGCUGGCAGGGGCCCUUCUCCUGUCAGAUCAAGCCGAGGCAGCUCUGCUUCGCCCAAAACAAAAGUUUGGCAGUCGAACAUCCCUGGUUUCUCCUUGGAUGCGCCACCACCGAAUCUCCGAACUUCUCUGGGUGAUCGACCUGCAUCCUACGUGAGAGGCUCCUCACCAGCUUCCAGGAAUGGCAGGGAUGUAUCCUCAACGCGCAGCAGGCAGUCUGUUUCUCCUAGUGCCUCCAGAAGUGUCAGUUCAUCUCACAGCCAUGAGGAUGUUCACCCUAUACAGUCUAUUCCCUUAGGUAGCUCGGAACGUGCAGUUUCGAAGAGAGCUAGCCUCUCUCCGAAUAGUAGGACUUCGAGAUCAUCUUCGAAAUUACAGUCACCUGGCUCAGCACCGAGAAGGCCGUUUGAGUCUGCUCUUCGUCAAAUGGAUCAUCAUCCUAAAAGCCAUCAUAGCAUGUUUAGGCCGCUUGCUUCUAGCCUUCCUAGCACUGGCAUCUAUUCAGGGAAAAGCAGUUCCUCGUCUUACCAUCACAUAAUGUUACGGCAUUCUUCUGCAACAGUUGGGAGCAGUUCAAGUUCUAGCCAAGUCAUAGGGUUCAUGCCAGAUACUAAGCGUAGCGAUCCAGUCCCUGUUACUGAACUUGAAAGUUUGGCUUGUUUGGCUUAUCCUGUUAAACAUGGAGAAAGUAUGGAUGUAUUGAAUGAAGGUAGUAGACAUGAGAGUCAUGAGAGUUCUUUCAGUGAUCAAGGUUUUGCUGUUGAAAGCGAGUCUAAUGUGAAUGAGGAGUUCAACCACCAUAUAGGCAAUGACUUUUUAGAAGGGGCUGAUCUUGAAACUAUGGAGGUUUGUGGUAGAUGUGGCUCCCACUAUCUUGCCACUGAAACAACUAGAAGCGAGAUAAAAAUUUGUCCAGAUUGCAGGGAAGAACACAGUUUCGUGGAAACAACAAGAGCUCUUGAUGAAAAUUCACAGUCUCAAGAGAAUUUUGAUGAAAAGGAGUCUUUCGUUGAGAAAAUACCUCCAAUAGAUGUGAUAGAAUCGCUUCCUGUUACUAUGGUUGAGGCCAAAAUCGUGGAGACGCGAGAAAACAUUGAGGAGUGUGAUGAUUCCCACGAUCAGGAACAAAACCAUCUGCAGGAGAGCUCUGUUUUCAGGGAUUUAGGAGAGCAAGAUGAUGAAAUAGUUUCUUCCACUGGCUGUGGUCUAUCCACUACAGAGACAAAAGAUAUUCAAAGUCUUCAUCAUGAUGUGAAGAUUGGUUCUUCAGAAGGUAGUAAGGGAGUUCCUAUGCCUAUAAAGAGAUCAGUGAGUAUGAAGUCACCAAUCACUCAAGCUAGUAACUCCAUUGGUUUUACCAGAUCGUAUGAUGGCUUUUCUUAUUUGAGGGAUAAGAGUAUGAGUCUAAGAAGCUCCACAGAAACUACUUCUGCAUCUUCGUCGUGGGAUUAUGGUUCCUCUAUAAGAAAAGGAAGUCAUGUGCGACAUCAGAGCGGGAGUACACUUGACAUGGAGACUCAUAGGUAUGAUACUACCACCAACUCCAAGUUCCUGAGCAGCAUGUCAUCUACAUCUGGCGUGUCAAGCCACUCCUGCCAGGCUCUAAAUGUUAUGCCAGCAGAUAGUACCUACGAUGAAACUCAUCAAGAAUCUAAACCUGACCUCCAAGAUUCGAAAUGUGAUGAAACCAAUGUGAUGAAUGCUGACUUGGGUGAAAUUGAUGGAUCGUUUGGUCUUUCCACCAAUGUAGUUGGUGUCUCAGCAGAGAUUAAGAAUGUAUUUUUUUGUCAUAAUGGAGAUGAUGUAUUAGACAAUACAGCUAUGGGAAAAGUUGAGGAGAUAAGUGAAUCAUCGGCGGCACAUGUAAGGAGCACAUCAGAAGUAGGAGCAUCAACUGCCACUGAUGACUGCUCUCUCUAUGAUCACUCUAAGCUACAAGAAAAGGAUGUGAACGAAACUCCUCACACCACGACAGCCUCAGAAACAGAGCCAGAGAGUUGUGAACCAGAAACACCUGGUUUAGGAGUUGAUGAUGAAACUCCAGAGUGCAACAACGUAAAUGCAGUGGAUGAUGACGACUGCUCAGAGAAGAAUAUGGCACAUGCUUCUGUGGAUCACCACAACUCCUUGGCUCCUCUUGUAAACGAAAUUUCAGAUGAGUCAACAGUACUUGUGGAGUGUCCAGGUCAGAAAGAGCCCAAGAGCCUCACGCUUGAAGAAGCCACUGAUGCAAUACUGUUCUGCAGCUCCAUUGUCCACGACCUAGUUUACCAAGCUGCGUCAAUAGCCAUGGACAAAGGAAGGGAUGUGGCGGGAACCGAAGAAGAAGAAGAAAUAUUGCGUCCAACAGUGACAGUACUUGGAAAGUCAAAUGCGAACAGGAGUAGUUACACAAGCGGUGGUGGUACAAAGACUAAUAAGAAACAGAGUUCCAAAGUGGCCAAAGCGAGUCGGAAGCAAAUGGAAACAGAGGAGAAAACAGAGGUACAUAUAGAGAAUGAUGAGAAUGCAGGGGAAGCAGCAGGGAUGAUGAUAAGUAACGUUGGAGUUCUUCCUAGUAAUAAUAAAGCAGAUAAUUUGAAACCUCCUCCUAAGCUGGAGAAUAAAUGCAAUUGCUCUAUUAUGUGAUUUUUUUUGUUUUUACUAGUAAAGUUUUUAAUUAUGUUUGUUCAUAAAAUUUGUAGUUGGUUGUGUUGUUGUUUGGGUAUUUACGUUUGCUGCAGCUAAUUUGUGAGAGGAAAGCACAUGAUUUCGGUUGCCUUAUUACUAAUGGUAUGAUUUGAUUAUUAUGACUAAUAAAAACCCGUUUACUGUUUUUUUAA